AGCAAAAAGGUGCAGAGCGUGGUCGGAGAGAGUGGUUCCUCGCUGCAGAGAAACCGCACCAAGGCACCAGGACCAUGAUAAAGGACCACAACCGCGAAUCACGCCAGUUUUCCUCAGAAGAAAACGCGGACAUGAAUGGGAAAAAUCCUCAAAUCCCACCCGUCCCAAAGAAAGGAACAUGCCCACGUUGAGGAGCACUUUCCAAGGAACGCGUCAGUGCUGCUUUGUGCGAAGGAGCUGGUCUCCGUUGAUGAAUGGAUGAAAACCCUGGAGAACAACAACCGCCGUUAGGACACAGUUUGUCUCUUCACUCUUCGUUUGGCAGCCGCUCGUUGUUGUCCCAGCCGAAUUCCACAAUAACGGGAUGCUUUGGCGCUGCUCUGCUGCCAAGGGUUGAGGAAAACGACUGCGUGGAAUUAUGUGCGAAGUUCAGGACGUGAAGAAUGUGAAGAAGGUCUUCGUGGCACCCACCAUCAAGUCUUUCGAGCACUAUGACUUUUCCAGGGCUAAAAUCUGUUGCAGUCUGUCAUGGCUGCUGUCCAAAGCAUAUGGAGCAGACAGCAUCCCAGCAGACAUGAAAGAGCCCUUCUACACGGACCAGUAUGAGCAGGAGCACCUCAAACCUCCUGUGGCCAGUCUUCUGCUGUCUGCUGAGCUUUACUGCCGGGCCGCCACUCUGAUCCUAAAGAGUGAUGAUGGUGGUGAACCUCUCGUGGGCCAUGAUGCAGUCAUCCAGGUUCUGGCCCAGCGAGGGCUCUAUGUCACUGACCAUGACAGACUUGUCACCGAGAGGGACCUUCGAAAGAGGCCUCUGCAAAUGAGCGCUCAUCUGGCAAUGAUCGACUCUCUGCUGAUGGCGUACACAGUCGACACUAUGGGUCUGGAGAAGGUGAUGGCUAGCCUUCAUCAGUAUUCAUCCUGCAACUCUGAGGAGGAAAUGCCAUACGAUACAGAGGAUGCAGCCACCACCUGGGUGAACAAGAUAAGCGAGUAUCUGAAAGACAUUGUUGCUGAGGAGGAAAAGAAAAAAAAGGAGACACAGAGUGCAGACGCUGCAGGAAGUCCUCGGUCUCCAACCAAGUGGUACAUGAAGCUUGUGCCUGCUCGCUACAGGAAAGAGCUGAGCAGCACCCAGGCAAUUCCCUGGAUCCCUCCAGUGGACAACCUGCUGAAGGACAGCGCAGAUGGCUCAGCACUGUGUGCUCUGCUGCACUUCUACUGCCCCCAGCUGCUGCCUCUCGAUGAUGUGUGUCUGAAGGAGAACAUGACGCUUGCGGAUCGUCUGUACAACGUGCAGCUCAUUCAGGACUUCUGCAGGGACAAUCUGGACGACUGCUGCCAUUUCAGUCUGGAGGACAUGCUCUAUGCCUCGUCCACCCUCAAGAAUAACUAUUUGGCGUUCAUGGCUGAGCUGUUUUGGUGGUUUGAAGAGGUUAAGCCCUCUUUUGUGAAGCCAAGACGUUUGGACCAUGAAGCCACAGAGCCCUCAUCCAUAUUGAAGAAUAUCCCAGCCAUUCCAAUUUCUAAAGCAACUAAGAGGAGCUUCAUGGAAAGACCCCCCAGUCCUGAAAGACCGAGUUUGCCGCUGAGACCUCAACCUCGAAAUUCAGGUGAAAUCAAGAAGUCAACAUCAAUGUCCUUUGUUGAGAGCAACAUUGGUACAUGGCCAAAAGAGAAAAGGCCCGGGCCGUAUGGAGUAUCCUUCGACAUCCCUUUCGACAAAGAUGAAAGCGCUCCUGCAUCUUAUUCCGCCACACGUGGUAUGGUCAGGUCUGUCAGCACUGAUGACGGUUCUGGUUUCAAGGUGCACCAACUACCUUGUGGGAUGAAGCGGAACCUGUCCUUCCAGCCAGUGAAUGGACAAGGUGUUGGCAUCGAGGAGGAGGGUUGCCCAGACAGCUUAGCGGGUAUGGAGCCUGACAGGCGGACCUACCCUAAUAGAUCUAGCAGAGUCAAAGCAACCACUCCCUCUGUGGAAGAAGCCCUCCAGAUCAUUCACAGCCCAAGCAGGCCACCCGUGGAAGGUAUCAACAAUGGUUUCUUCUUACAUAGCCCGGACCUUGGUACUGGCAUUGCUAGCUUGGAACCAGUGUCCGAGUUAGACUCUAAAGGGAGCCUGACAGACACCACAGAGGUUGACACAGGUGUUCACAUUCAUACAGAAGACAUGCUGGAUGAGGAUUCCUCACUGAAAGACUGUUCUGUAAACAUGGACCUGGAUGUGGAUACACCCAGCCCUUGCCCAAGCAGUCAAAGCAAAUCCCCCUCCGCACUGAGGAUGACCAACUUUGCUGAGCUGAAGAUAAAAAAAGUAAUUCCAUCGGCAUCUGACUCAGGGCGGGAGAGCAGCAGCUCCCUAAAAACUACACCUGAGGGUUCAGAUUUAGGUCUGCCAUUAUCGGUUUCUUGGGCUCCGACACCUGAACACAGCCCCAUUCAUCAAAAAACCCCAACCGGUCCUAGUAAAGCGUCACCUGUCCAGCUUCCCCGCAAUGACCCCGCUCAGGUCAUGGCAACAGAGAUGGUUCAUCUGAGAAUGCGAUUGGAGGAGAAAAGGAAAGCCAUCGAAGCGCAAAAAAAGAAGGUGGAGGCGGCUUUUACCAGGCACCGGCAAAAGAUGGGUCACUCUGCCUUUCUUAAUGUGGUGAAAAGAAAAGGAGAUGGAGCAGCAAGUAGAGGUGAUGAAGGAGGCAAAGUUGAUGGCGAAGGAAAGACUGUGAGUCCCAUCUGGAGGUGUGGUCGAAGCAGUGCGGACACCCCUGACGGGGCGGAGCAAAGCAGUACGAGCUCCUGUUGGCCAAAGUCGCCUGGUGGCGGUGAGGAGGGCGGGCAAGGCCAUGCCCAGCUCACUGAGGCAGAUCUCACCGAGUACACGCGAUCCAUUGAUAAACUCAACCAUUCUUUAGCCUUCCUCCAGACCGAGAUGCAGCGGCUGGCUCAGCAGCAGGAAGUCAUCAUGGCCAUGAGGGAGCAGCAACAUCAGGCGUGGGUCAUUCCUCCCUCUCACGCAAACCCCUCACCGCAAAAAUACGGCCGAGGCGGUGCUGUCACCCGAUCAUCAGGACCCUCUUCCCCGGCAGACUCCCCUCGCCCGGCCCACCGCUCUCCAACCAGCAUCAAGCGCAAAUCCGCUUCCUUCCAUUCUCGCAACCCUCGCACCGUUCGCCCCACUGAACUCAAGUUGGCCCCCUACAACCGCGUCCUCACCGCCCCUCAGUCUGUAGAUAGCAUCCCCAGGCUGCGACGAUUUUCCCCCUGCCCCACCACAGCCUUUGUUUACAUGGGGGAGAAGCCAGCAGCUUCCAGUUCUGAGUCAGCCAACAAGCAGACGGAUUUGCUCCUCUCCCCAGACAAGGAGCUUAGUAGUGCAUCUCUUAAAGAGGACCAAACACAGGAAGGCUCAAAGACUCAAAGCCAGGAGCCAGAAACUCCCACCCACGGCAACACCAUUGAAGUGGAAACUGUAGGCGUAGAUAUUAACCCUGCACGGUCAUCACUCUCUGAAGUUCUGGCCCACCCAGUGGUUGAGACUUUCACGGUGGCCCCGACAGAGAUCCCCGUGCUGCCGGAAGUCAAGAGCAACUUAAUUGAGGUUUCUCUGUCGGUCGUGAAGCCGCUGGAAGACCUACCACUUGAUGACAGCAUAGAGUUGGAGCUCGAAGGUGUGGAUGACAUGGAGGAUGAACAGAGGAUCUGUCGUGGCUUCUUCUUCAAGGAGGAUGGAAAGCCAGAGGACAACAUGGCUCAGAAGAGGGCGGCCCUGAUGGAGAAGAGGAUGAGGAGGGAGAAGGAAAGCCAGCAGAGGAAAAUGCAGCAGGAGGCGGAGCUAGAGCAAAAGAAGGAGGAGGCUCGGUUGAAAGCGGAGGAGGAGCGUAUCAGGAAGGAGGAAGAAAAGGCAAGGAAGGAGUUCAUCAAGCAGGAAUUUCUCAGGAGGAAGCAGCUGAAGCUGAUGGAGGACAUGGACACCGUCAUUAAGGCUCGACCAGCAGGCAGCGCCAGACAGAGACGAGGUCGGCCCAAGUCAAACCAUCGGGACAGCCUUGACUCCCCAAAAACUCCCGUCCGAGCUGCCACAGUUUCCACCUUGUCCUUGGCAUCUCUCAACCUGGGGGACGGCGACAGUGUACACUCAGAGAAGAGAGCGCAAAGAAGUGCUAGUUUAGCCUCUGGCAGUCUCAUCUGCUUUCUGAGCUCUCCUAAACGGAGAAGGAGAAGGCCAGAUUCUGCAGAUGGCUUCCUGUCCCCGAGUCGUUCCAGUAGCAGGAAUGGAGAGAAGGACUGGGAAAAUGGAUCCACCACUUCUUCUGUUACGUCCAUCACGGAGUACACAGGACCCAAGCUCUACAAAGAGCCAAGUGCCAAAUCCAAUAAGCACAUUAUCCAGAACGCGCUAGCCCACUGCUGCCUCGCCGGCAAGGUCAAUGAGGGGCAGAAGAACAAGAUCCUGGAGGAAAUGGAGAAAUCGGAGGCCAACAACUUCCUGGUUUUGUUCCGAGACGGCGGCUGCCAGUUCCGCUCCUUGUACACCUACUGCCCUGAGACCGAGGAGAUCAACAAACUGGCGGGCAUCGGCCCGAAGAGCAUCACGCGCAAGAUGAUCGACGGCCUCUACAAGUACAACUCGGACAAGAAGCAGUUCAGCCUGAUACCGGCUAAGACCAUGUCGGCCAGCGUGGACGCCGUCACCAUCCACUGCCACCUGUGGCAAACCAAGAAGCCGCCCACCCCGAAAAAAGUAGUGCCUGCCCCCCAGUCCUGAUGGAGCCUGGACAUACCUCCAUGAUGAUUCCAACACCCGCAUUUUCCACUUCCUGCUCGAUGUACGCCACUGAUGAAGAAUGAUGUAAAUAUCUAAAAACCAUGUCGGAGUCUAGUUUAUGAAGGAAUGUGUGAGUACUGUUUUUAUCUCCUAUGUGCCAAACGUCAAAAACGAGACCGUACGAAUGCGAGGACAUUUUACUCAACACCGAAUGUUUAUGAUUCAUGUACAGAUUCGUUUCGAUUUGCAAUUUUGGCGUGCGAGUGCCAUGAGGUGAUUGUAACUCGGCAGUUAUUGAUGAGUCGUCAUGUUUUGUAUAUUUAGGUACACAACUUUAAGGGCCAAAAAGAUUGCAUACAGCUAGCGUUCGCCACACACCGCUUGUGUGUUCAACUCUACAAAGUCAAACGGUUUCAGCUUUUCAGGACCCUGUCUUUGGAGGAAGGUGGGCCGUCACUCCAGAUAAAGAAAAACUUUUUAUUUUUCUUAAAGGGGAACAUUCUCACAAUUUGAGAAGGGUUAAAACCAUUAAAAAUCAGUUCCCAGUGGCUUAUUUUAUUUUUCGAAGUUUUUUUUCAAAAUUUUACCCAUCACGCAAUAUCCCUAAAAAAAGCUUCAAAGUGCCUGAUUUUAACCAUCGUUAUAUACACCCGUCCAUUUUCCUGUGACGUCACAUAGUGAAGCCAACACAAACAAACAUGGCGGAAAGAACAGCAAGCUAUAGCGACAUUAGCUCGGAUUCAGACUCGGAUUUCAGGGGCUUAAGCGAUUCGACAGAUUACGCAUGUAUUGAAACGGAUGGUUGUAGUGUGGAGGCAGGUAGCGAAAACGAAAUUGAAGAAGAAACUGAAGCUAUUGAGCCAUAUCGGUUUGAACCGACGAAAACGACACGACAGCCAGCGACACGGGAGAAAGCGAGGACGAAUUCGGCGAUCGCCUUCUAACCAACGAUUGGUAUGUGUUUGUUUGGCAUUAAAGGAAACUAACAACUAUGAACUAGGUUUACAGCAUAUGAAAUACAUUUGGCAACUACAUGCACUUUGAGAGUGCAGACAGCCCAAUUUUCAUCAAUUAAUAUAUUCUGUAGACAUACCCUCAUCCGCUCUCUUUUCCUGAAAGCUGAUCUGUCCAGUUUUGGAGUUGAUGUCAGCAGGCCAGGGAAGCUAGGGUCGAUAUUCUUCUCUUGAUCAUCUUCGGUGGCAUAAGGGACGGUGUGAGCCAAGACAUCCAGGGGGUUUAGCUCGCUCGUCUGCGGGAACAAACUGCCGCCAUUGCUUGCCGUGCUACCGAGGCCCUUUGUCCCUGAAUUGCUUCAAUUCAAUGGGGGUCUGGCGGCAGAUUUCUUUGACUUUAUCGUUGGAAAUGCAUCUGCUUUGAGUGUCGCAGGAUAUCCACACAUUCUUGCCAUUUCUGUCGUAGCAUAGCUUUCGUCGGUAAAGUGUGCGGAACAAACGUCCAAUUUCUUGCCACUUUCGCAUCUUUGGGCCACUGGUGCAACUUGAAUUCGUCCCUGUUCGUGUUGUUACACCCUCCGACAACACACCGACGAGGCAUGAUGUCUCCAAGGUACGGAAAACAGUCGAAAAAACGGAAAAUAACAGCUGAUUUGACUCUGUGUUUGAGAAAAUGGCGGAUUGCUUCCCGAUGUGACGUCACGAGAGCGAAUAAUUGAAAGGCGUUUAAUUCGCCAAAAUUCACCCAUUUAAAGUUCGGAAAUCGGUUAAAAAAAUAUAUGAUCUUUUUUCUGCAACAUCAAGGUAUAUAUUGACGCUUACAUAGGUCUGGUGAUAAUGUUCCCCUUUAAAUUAUUAUUUAUAUUAGUAAGUAAAAGUGACGGACUGUCCAAAAGAUUUGGUGAUUUUGUUUUUGCACUUAAAAGUUCUGAAUGAUGUCCAGUGUAAAAUGGCCAAAGUGGGUCCCUGUCAAGACCCUUUUGACAAAUAGAAUGCAAGAACCCGGUCGGUUUUGAAUGGGUUAUUGUUCCGUAUUGAAGCCAUACGUGACUUGGUUUUGAUUUGAUAUUUGACACGACCAACAUAGCUCAGCACAAAGCUUAGGCCAACUUUCUCAGAUAAUUGUGCAAGAUCCCUAUUGGUUUUUAGCAACCAUUGUAGGUUAGGUCCAAUAUAGAUAUAGUACAUGUUUGUUUGUUACUUAUUACAGGUCAAAAUGUACACCGGAUUUUCUUAAAAAGUUCAAGUCUGGCUUUUUGUAUUAUACUCUAUUCGUUUUUGUUCUGUUUCAAACUGAUACGUACUUUGAUUUUGACUGAUAUUUGACACAAUAUGGCCAAUAUUGCUCAGCACAAAAUGUGAGCCAAAGUCCUGCGUAUACAAUAAGUGUCAUGGCAAGAUCCCUAUUUCUUUUGAGCUGAUUUAAUCUUACAGCAAUAAUUGUGCGUAGGUUAAUAGUAUUAUAACAGGUCAGAAUUCCGAGGUACUUUUCUUAAAACUUUUACGGUUUGUCUGUUUGUAUCAAAGUCCCAGCAGGCACUAGACAUCGAUACAAUGUUGAUUAUACGUACAUGUCUGUGGAGGUCUUGCUCCUCCGGGUUCUCUGGACCACCAAUGACGGACAUGACAGUUGUGUUCAUCUUUGCGAACAAGGAUUAAUUUUGCAAUAAGUUGUGCUUUUCAGCCAUGUUAAAAGUUUCUGUCGCUCGUUCUCCACCAUCAACAACCUCGUCUCCUUCCCGACUUCUGCCUUUAACUGAGCGACAGGUGAUCAGACAAACACUCACAGCUGUGUAUUGUAUGCGCCUGUCACUAAUUUCAAAGCCGAUCCUGACACACCCGGCUUCGCUGCAGGUCCGCAGGCCACGCCCCCCCACAAUGUCCUUUAAAACAAAGUUGUAAAAUAGUUGUAUUUGUCAAUUGAGACAACAGUGGUGUGUAACGUUAAAUCCACGUUGUUGGUCAAAUCAACAUCACAACCUGACAUUGAAUAAACGUCAAAGAGUAUGUUGUUUCAAUGUUAUAUUUGUGUUGGAAAAUGACCAAAAUUCAAUGGUUAAAUCAACAUCAGAACCCAACAUUGAUUAAACGUUGUCUAAAAGCAUGUUGUUUCAACGUUAGGUUUGAGUUGCUCAACGUCAGGACCGAAUUCAACAAGUUCUCAACGUUGUUUUAAUGUCUAAUGCCUGCUGGGGUAAGACCUCUACAGGUUUUGAAGGGAUUAUUGUUCUGUUUCAGUUUCUGACUGAUAUUUGACACAAUUUGGUCAAUAUUGCUCAGCACAAAAAUUGAGCCGAAUUUCUGGGAUCAUUGUGCAAGUAUCGUGGCAAGAUCCCUAUUGGUUUUGGACUAAAUUCAUCUAAUAGCAAUCAAUGUGUUGAGGUUGUUAGCACUCUUACAGGUCAAAAUUCCAAGAGACUUUUAGGUCUGUCUGUAUCAAAGUAAGAACUAUAUUGGUUUUGAAGGGAUUCUUGUUCUGUUUCAAACCGAUACAUACUUUGAUUUUGACUGAUAUUUGACACAAAAGUUGAGGCAAAUUUCUGCUAUCAUUGCGCAGACAUUAAGUACCAUGGCAAGAUCCCUAUUGGUUUAGAACGAAUUUAAUACUUUUUCAAUCAAUGUGGUCAGGUUGUUAGCACUCUUACAAGUCAAAGAUUUCAAGAUACUCUUCUUAAAACGUUUAGGUCUGUUUGUUUGUAUCAGAAAAUACCUCUAUUGGUUUUGAAGGGAUAAUUGUUCUGUUUCAAACCGAUACAUAAUUUGAUUUUGACUGAUAUUUGACACAAGAUGGCCAAUAUGACACAGCACAAAGGUUAAGCCAACUUUCUGGGAUGAUUGGGCAUACUGUAACAAGCCAAGAUCUCUAUUGAUUUUAGUAACCAUUGUAGCUUAGGUCAAAGAUACAUAUGUUUGUUGUUAGCACUCUUACAGGCGUAAAAGCACUCUUACAGCUCCAAAUGUACACUUUAUUUCUUAAACGUUCAGAUCUGGCUGUUUGUAUCAAAGAACUCUAUUGGUUUUGAAGGGAUUGUUGUUCUUUUUCAAUCUUAUACAUAUUUUGAUUUAAACUGAUCUUGGACACCCGAAGGCCAAUAUAGUGUUAGUACAAAAAUGUAGCCAAAUUUCUGGUAUGAUUGUGCAUAUAGUAAUAAGUAUCACGGCAAGAUCCCUAUUAGUUUUGAGCUGAUUUCAACUUGCAGCAAUCGGCGUGCUUACGUCAAAGGUGAGUUUGUUGUUAGGAUAGGAUAGACUUUACUUUUCCCACAUAGGGAAAAUUAUGUGGUUGCAGUGCAGACACAAAAUUCCACUAAAAUAAUAUAAAAACACAUGAAAACAAGAAACAUUAAAGAACACAAAAUACUUUAUGAUAGCACAAAGCUGAUGCAGCCUUCAAUUCAAUAUUAUUAAUCCAAAAGUAAAACAUAACAAAAAAAGACCAAUAAAUAAUACACUAUCAUAUACAAUAUUACUCCUACCAGUCACAUUUCUCAUCAAAGUAAGAACUCUAUUGGUUUUGAAGGGAUUAUUGUUCUGUAUCCGACCAAAACUCUUACUGAUAUUUGACACGAAAUAGCUCAGCAACUUUCUGGGGCGAUGGCUCAGAUCAAGGCAAGAUUUCUAUUGGUUUUGAACUGUAUUCAGUAUAUAGCAACCAAUCUAGUUUAGGUCAAAGAAAAAUGCAGUGUUAGCAUUCUUACAGGUCAAAAUUCAAGGCAUAUUUAUUUGACUCUUAUCAAAGUAAGAACUCUAUUGGUUUUGACUGGCUUAAUGUUUCAAACAAUAAUUUGUAUCAAAGUAAGAACUCUAUUGGUUUUGAAGGGAUUACUGUUCUGUAUCAAACCAAAACUUACUGAUUUCUAACCGAUAUUUUACACAAAAUAGCUCAGCAACUUUCUGGGACGAUGGCUCAAAUCAAGGCAAGAUUUCUAUUGGUUUUGAACUGCAUUCAGUAUAUAGCAACCAAUCUAGUUUAGGUCAAAGAGAAAUACACUGUAUUACAUGAUUGUUGUUAGCAUUCUUACAGGUCAAAAUUCAAGGAAUAUUCCCUUGACUCUUAAGAAAGUAAGAACUCUAUUGGUUUUGAACUGUAUUCAGUAUAUAGCAACCGAUCUAGUUUAGGUCAAAGAGAAAUGCAGUGUAUUACAUGAUUGUCGUUAGCAUUCUUACAGGUCAAAAUUCAAGGAAUAUUUAUUUGACUCUUAUCAAAGUAAGAACUCUAUUGAUUUUGACUGGCCUAUUGUUUCAAACAAUAUUUUGUAUCAAAGUAAGAACUCUAUUGGUUUUGAAGGGAUUACUGUUCUGUAUCAAACCAAAACUCUUUACUGAUUUUUAACUGAUAUUUGACACAAAAUAGCUCAGCAACUUUCUGGGACGAUGUCUCAGGUCAAGGCAAGAUUUCUAUUGGUUUUGAACUGCUUUCAGUAUAUAGCAACCAAUCUAGUUUAGGUCAAAGAGAAAUACACUGUAUUACAUGAUUGUUGUUAGCAUUCUUACAGGUCAAAAUUAAAGGAAUAUUUCUUUGACUCUUUCAAAGUAAGAACUCUAUUGGUUUUGAACUGUAUUCAAUAUAUAGCAACCAAUCUAGUUUAGGCAAAAGAGAAAUACACUGUAUUACAUGAUUCUUGUUAGCAUUCUUACAGGUCAAAAGUCAAGGACUAUUUCCUUGACUCUUAUCAAAGUAAGAACUCUAUUGGUUUUGACUGUCUUAUUGUUUCAAACACAUCAUUUUGACACAAGCUGGCCAAUACAGCACAAAGAUUCUGGGACGAUUGCUAAUUUGCUCAAAUAAAGGCUAUAUUUCUAAUGGUUUUGAAUGAUAUCAAACUUUUAGCAACCAAUGUAGUUUCGGUCCAAGAUAAAUAGUGUGCAAGUUCGCCGUACAUUAGCACUUCUUCAUAUCCAAACUCACUGUUGAUUUGAAAGGUCUGCAUGUGUCAAUAUUUUUCUUUUUAAAGUGUGUAACGGAGCAAGAACCCGCAUGAUCAAACUGCAUGUCAGAUCUACUGUAUUCAUUUUUAAUGUCUUCCUUAAAAUACAUUCUUUCACCCACUCAACGUGUUUCAAAUUCAAGUGAUGGAUUUGUGUGGUGUUAAAGCUGCCGUUUGGGACAGUUUUGUACUUUCACUUUCAGUUUCGAACAAAUUGUACAAUCACAAAUGGUGGACCGCUAUCAGCACAGAGUGACACCCGAGGAGUAUUUCUCUUGUGUCAGGAAGUUGUAGAUUAGUAUUUUUGUAAGAUUCAUAAGUUGUAAACUCACAUUUUCACUUAUCGGUAAAAAAAAAAUGGCUGCGUUUAGCUGCAACAUGUAAAGAUUAGGAAUAUUUUGGUAGUUCUCUCUUUGAAUUGUAGGAAAAUCGUCAAGGCCGCGUUUUUAGGCAGGUGGUGUUUUGCUGCAUACGGGUAUACAACAAUUAAUUGUAAUCAAAUCUGCUGACUUGGUGCAUUAUUUUAAACCGGGGGGGUAUUUAUGACUUUUGUUUCUAAUGUAAUCUAGUAUGUUGGUUAUUGACCACAGGAAGCCAAGGGAAUAUUUAACCUACAAGCUUGUUGUACAUAUCAGUGUUUGUGUUCUCAUGUGCUAUAAUGAUGACUUUUUGUUGUCGGAUAACGUGAUGUCUUUGAAAAAAACAUGUAAUUUAUUUGUUUUUUUGCUGCAUCAAAUAAACUCAGCAUGGCCUCCAAA